AGUUAAAUUGCCUUUUCAGGUUAGCAGCAGGUGGAUUGCUUCAUUAGAUGGAUGGUUAAAUUUUGCAUCCACAAUACAAGUUUGGUCUUGGAACAGAUCAACAAGAAUAGUUUGUUAACAAGAUAGAAUUCACUCCGAGGGAGAAGGGGAUACUUGCAGGGUGAACACUUUGCUUAUGGGUGAAACGUGAAGUGACCAUGCGUUCUCCAUACUAUGGCUAUGUGCCCUUUCAGAUGUUUACUUCGGAAGAUGGGUUUAAUCCAUAACGCCAGUUCACCAACUGUGCUUGGCUGGGGCUAACUACAAUAGGGUUUGGUCAGGAGGGCCUGUGAGGGAAAGGGACUUUGGAGGCCAGGGGGUAAAGCUGGGUCCAAUCCCUGAAGGGAUGCUUGGACUGAUUGGUCAAAACAGUGAUUGGAGUGGAGUGGAUAAGGACUAUAAAGAAAAAAGGGAAGGUGGGUUUUGCAGAACCAGUCCUGCAGUGGGUCAUGCUGAGGAGGGAGGUGUGCCUUAAAAAGCAACUAUAUUGAAUGGGCUGAACUUGGGGAGUCAAGUGAAACCAAAAAGGGACUAUAACAAAGGCAGCGCCAAUAGACGGGAUUAUGUGGAGAAGCAGUUUAAAUCAUGACAUUCUAGGUGUUGCUCACAGAGUUUGAAAGAUGUACAUUGUGGAAGCAGAGGAAGCUAGUAUGCUGAGGUACAUUACAGAACCUAGAGCUGCAUAGAUUUUUUUGACCAAAAUAUUUGAUGUGUUAAUAGCUAGAAUAGAAACUAAUUUAAUUUUUUUUAAUUUGGAAUACAUCAGAAUAUAGAAAAAUAUUAUUAAGUAGGUGUUUAGUUAGAUUUGGAGUUUAACGAGAACCAAUCUACCUACAGAAGUCUAAUCCAGUAAUAUUUACUAGAUAAACUAAAAUUGAAGUUGAACUGGAAAAACUCAAAUUGGUUCUACAAUAGUGGAAUUGUUGUUUAAUAAUGGUACUAUUUUUGCUUUGGUCUGAUGGUAAGCAUUUAGCCUGUCAAACAUGAGAAAAUGAUUCUAUUGUAAAGGUAAUAUCUUAUUUUGGAUAAGAACAAUGUUAUAAAGUCGAGUCGGAUUCUAUAUUAUUUUUCUUUAGACAAUGUAUAGACUAGUUUCCAUCCUGCCCAUCUUUCUCAUCAUUCUAUGGAAUGAUGGUUAUAUCAUCUUCUUUUUCUUUAGCUUAUUUUUCAGGUGCAAUGUAAGAGUCUUUACUCUUGUAGAAAAGCAAUUUCUAUUUGUUUACACUUUUAGUUGAAUAUGGAUUUACCCCCACUAUCUUUUUGUGUGAAAAUAUUCUAUUAUAUCUUUUUUUUUUUUGGGUCGUGGUCCCGUGGAUGGUAUGGUAGAAGGCUCUUACAGUAUGCCAUAGUCCAGCACCUCGCACAUGCAGUCUACACAUACACAUGCACCAUGUGAUCAUCUGGAAAAAUUAUAUCGCGUUUCUCUCACAACUACUAGUCUUUGUAUGGUAGCAUGUAAAUUUGUUAAAACAUAAUUUGAUUAACCUUUACUGUUUGUGAUGGCUGGAUAUAUUCUCACUUCUAUGUUGAUCGGUGUGUCUGCCUGGGGUUAUUGAGACUUUGCUUUUUAUUCCAGUUUACCCUUUUUUUCCUCCUUCAGAGGUUUUUCUGUCCUUUUUUAAGCUAGGGCUGUUUGUUUCCUCUUUAUUUAUUUUUGUUUGGAGGAGUCUCUGUUUAGUUGUAGUGGUGGGGUUGCUUGUGUUGUUAUUCUUCGGGGGAUACUAUCUCAUGUUUUGUUGUAACUUUGAAAAGUUUUAGUUUCAAUGAAAUCAAUCUUACUUACCAAAAAAAAAAUGGUUGCUGACAUAUAUGAUAUUAUUUUUUCAUUUGUCCAUUUUAUGCUCAGCACUCCUAACCGGGCGUUUGAUUUGGCCGAUCAAGCAAGUCAGCUGGGAAUAAAUUACAUCUAUUAUUAUUUACUGCUUUUCUGGAGUUGUAUGAAUUGUCAGGUCAAUGAGAGCUUGAGGCUGCUUCCUGUAAGUUGCAAGUGAUAACUGUGAUAUGGUGGCAUCCGUUGCAUAAAGUAGCAGCAACGAUAUCAAUUUAUUGAAAAAGAUCGAAGAGUAAGUGCCACAUGUCUCUCUGUAUGUAACAUGGUGUAAGAUUUUCUUUUUUGCUUUCUCAAUAUUACUAUCACCUUAUUUAUUUGCAGUGACAGUUUUGAGAAUAAUAAUAAACAAUGACAAUUUUAUUGAUAUAAUAAUAAAUAAAUAAACUAGGAUGUCAUGGAGUCUAAUUUACUGGCAUAGCACUAAAAUCACCACUUUUCUUCUUUUUACCCUAUGUAUAUAUAUAUAUAUUCUGUGAAUAGGAUAUGGUGUCCCCCUGUAUUGGUUAGUUGAACAUAACCCCAAAUCUCGGUGUGCCAUCCUUGGUUUUUCAAUUGCCUAGAAUUUCAUUUCAGCAACUCUAAGAAAUGAACUUCAAAAAUUGAAAAUCGGUACAAACACACACACACAGAGCACCAGCGGACCCAUAAUUGUCAACUGUUACAUGGUCCCUUCAUUUAAGUAUAAUGUAGACUAGAGUGGUAUUGGUCCAAAAACCACAUGCUGUGUGCCUAGGAUCAUGUUCAUCUACCGGCAUUGUGGGUCCACAGUAGGAUGGUGACACCAUGGUCAGCCUGAUCCAUGAAUUGUAACCCUAGGAUUGACUUAAAUAUGAAGCCAUGUCUGGUUAUUUGAAGAUAAAUUUGUACCCAGAGAUGUGAUAUUGGAGUUAUAGAACAUACCAAACAUCCCAUUAAAUAUAAGAAUACAAAGUGAGGCAUUGCCGCAUUGGCAAUUUGGCAUACUCACUAUUUGACUUCCUGAGUUCUUUUUCUUGCCUAGUCAGGUAUUUGAAAUCAGACCAAUCCAUGAGACUGAAGCACAAUAAAUAUUAAAUACGAGUCUAUGAUCUCUUUCUAUCUCUACACACACACAGUCUUUAUCUUUUACUUGGAAUGCAUAUGUAUGCACGUGAGCAGAAAGUUCCAUCUUUAAUGCUGUCACAUGAUUGUCAAUUUCAUUUGCUUUCUUUUUUGUUUUCGUUUUCUUUUUGUUUUUUUCAUUUGCCAUCUUCCCCUUCCCUUUAGUUAGUCGAUCUAGUUAAUGUAAACCAAUCCAUUGUCAGGAGCAAUUACUCUUUCAGGCGACCUAGAGACCUGUCUAGCUAGUUAUAAUUCAAAUUACUGUAGUUUGAUUAAUAGACAGUGACUGCUGAUAAAGAAAUAAUAAUUUGUACAAGACUUUUUGCAAAAUAUUAAUACUAUGUACUGCUUUGUAGGAAUUUCCCAUAGGGAAGUUGUCACACACACGCAUACAUCAUUAUCAUCAUUGCCUUUAUCUUACAUGGAUGGAGUCGGUCUUAUGAAUUCUCUUUUUCCAUUCUUUUCUAUUACAUAUCAUGUAUCUUAGAUUUAAUUUUUAAAAUCAUUUUUAAUUACUUCCUCCAUUGUAAAUUUUGGCCAGCCUCUCUGUCAUUUACCUUCUAGGCAUACUACACUUCUUCUUCUAACCGGUGUAUUAUCGUGCCUGCAAUGAACAUGAUCGUACCACCUAAGUCUACUUUCUCUAGUUUUAUUCAUAGGUGCUAUACCUAAUGUUUCCCUCACACAUUUAUUAUAAAUCUCUUCUUGUCUAGUUAGUCCUAUCAUCCAACGUAGCAUUCUCAUUUCACCCUAAAAUCUUUAAACCCUAAAACCAAAAAAAUAAAAAAUAAAAAAUAAAAAAAAAGGGAAGGAACCCAAGUUUUAUUUUAUUUUACUAUAUUUUUAGGCAAUGCAUAGAAAUUAUAAAUGAACAUACAUGGAGCCAAAAUUCAAAGGUAAAUUGAGUUCAAAUUUGUUCCAUGAGGAUGUAUCACUGUAUCAGCCUGUGAACGUUGGAAACACUUUAAAAGGAAACUCAAUACUUUUGAAAAAUGUAACAGUCUAGUCAGUAAACAUUCAAUGGGCUCAACUGAUAUUCUGAAUAGCAUUUACUUCCCCGCCCAUUUUUCUUGAUGCUUAUUUCCCCAGCAUAUCAUAACUAAUUUCUUAUUUACUCUUAUAUUUGUCGUUCCUCAGUUAUUCAUGCUUGGUUAUUUGAUAAUAUACAAAUUGAUUUUAUAAUCUUAGUUUGUACUACGAUGUCACAUGACGUUUUCCUUUAAUAUUGUGUUAUGAUAUUGUUUUGGGCAACAUAUAUACUAAAAAGACUAUAGAUUCAUCAAGUUUGAACUAAAUUUCCUUUAAUUUUAAUUUCAUGAUGUCGUUUUCGGUGCUUCCAGAGAAAACAUGAGUUGCAUCUGUAUACGAUAUCUAAAACCUUGAAGCAUAACAAAAAUUGAAGUAUCAUGAAGAAGCCAUUAUGAUAGAAUAUUAAUAAUUUAUGAAGUAGUUAUGGAAACUAUGUUUAAUAGUUUGUAUGAUGAUUCUAGUUUACAUAAAAACUCUAAGAGUAAGCACGUGCUUUAUGCAUGAUUAUAUAUAUGUUUUACAUGCUCUGUUAUUGUUGAUUCUGAUUAUAGCUUUAGUUUACUGGAUUGUUGAAACACUGUUGGUAGGUUUUUUGUCAUUGUUCAUUGGGGUCCAUAGAAGUCACUAUUACAUUGGUAAUGAGAAGUUAUUAUCAGGGUUAGGACAAUUUCCCACUUGCAAUGUGGGACUGCUCAAUGCCUACGGACGUUUGGCUUGAGAAAAUCGGAGAGAAUGGAUGAUAAGAAUAAAUAAAUUAUGUUCUAAGGAGCAUGAGCAUCUUCUGAAAUGCUGUGAUGAUGUCACGUGAGACAUGAAUGACAUGUGCCCGCAUAUUUAGAAAUGUUCUGAAAUUUGAAUAUAUUUUUUCGUGGUUGGAUCCCGUAAGUAAACCUGUAGGACACAAAAUAGUUAUUUUUUAAUUAUUAGUUUUCUUGAAAAAAUGAGAUUCCUAUGCGUUAAUUAGAAUAAUAAUAUAAAGUUCCAGAAAAUAAAAACGACACUCAUCUAAGUCUAAGUUCUAAAUUAGUGAUUUUAUUCAUGAUAAUGUAAAUAAAAUGAUAAAAAAAAAUUAUUUAUUUUUGACACAUCCAUAUUGUAGUUGUGUUUUAAUUUUUUAUAAGAUUUGUUUUAUUGUUUUUUCUUUUGUUGUUAUACCCGUUUUUCAUAUUUGUGCCUCUUAACUUACGUUUUGUUUGUUUUAAAAAAAUGAGAAGGUAUAACUUGACUCUGAAUAAUGGAUUUGUCAUCAUUCCUCGUGGGAAAGAACUUAGGAGGACAAGAUAAAAAUUUUUGUGGUUACCCUUACAGAUUUUUGUUACCUUUAUUUCUUAAAAAAGGUGAAAUUCCUUUGUUCUCUUUAUCCUCUUAUGUAAUUUUUGUUGUCAUAGAGUUGUUAACACUAUUACAUAUAUUUUAAAUAUAUUUACAUUUACCCAGAUGUAAUGGGGUGAAAAAUAGAUUAUUAGGUAGUAAUUUUUUAUUUUGAAGGACUAGCACCAUCUUUUCUUUUCUUUGUUCUCUUUAGUUAUUCAAACAAGUAAAACUCUUGUCAUUUCUUUUCAUAAAACCAACCUAUACAAUAGCAAAGGGUAAGGGAUGCAUUUAAAAGCCUCACUGUUGUGCACCUGUAAAAGGAUCCGAUUUGGAUCGGAUCACCAAUAAGGCCAUUCCUUGAUCCAUUUCGAUAACUAAAUGGAUAUUUUGUUAAUGAAUUUAUAUUUGAUUUGUUAUUAAACGGAUCUAUUCAAUAAUAGUGUUUUUUAUUUAUUUAUUGGUGUAUGUGUUUAACAGAAGCUAGUGUCAAAAGAGAAUGGUAAACAAUGAUUAGAAUAAAAAUGAUAGAAAGCCAAAGAUAAAUAAAAAAUGGAAGAAAAAGAAAAAGAAAAAGAAAAUUAAAUCUUUUACUCUUUGUUAAAGAAUAAACAUUUUUCGGAGUAAGUAAAAAUAGUUAGUGGGAAGAAGAGAGAACGAUGAUAAGAAUAUUUUGAUAAUAUAUAAAUAUUAUAUGUCAUAACAUUAGAUUAUAAAUGUUUAACGUAUUAUAUAAUAUAUUAUGUUGGAUCCUGAAAGGCAAACCCCAUCUCUCAGACUUCUCAAACACCCCCUCCAGUCAGACCAUAGAAGUACAGAGAACAAUAAAUUCGUGCUCAACCAACCACCCUUAAUCGGAUUAUAAUUUAUAUUCAAUUUAUUUAAUUAACUGAUUAUUAAAUUUUGAUCUAAUUAUUUAACUAAUGAAUUAUUGAAUUUGAAUAGUAAACGGAUAGGUCUACUGAUAUCUAUCCAUUUUGUAUAAGAAAAUACUAAUAUUCAGGCCCAAAUGUGCCCAAGUAGUUGUAAAUAUCAAUUGUGAGGAGGAAUGACUUUUUAAAAGAAUCUAUAGAAUUUUGGGAACAAUUACAAAUAGUAGAAAUGUGGGGGGGAAAACGCAAAAAAUGCUAAAUAUUCAAAUUUUGUUGAAAUCACAUUAGGUUGAAUUGUUUAUUACUGCAACCUGAGAACUUAAAAGAAGGAACUGAAUUAAAAAAUAAAUAAAACUCUUCUUUAACAAUAAAUACUACUACUAUAUAUAUAUAUUGAAUGGCCUCUACUCUACUGAACAGCAUUUAUUUCUAUAGCUUGAAAUAAAUUGACAUAUGAGAAAGAUAUCUCACCAGUCCCCUUAUUCUUGAUCCUACUUCCAUCCCUCACCAUUCCUUUCAAAAGCUACUACUCUUCAACCUCUCCGACUCUCCAUUAAUGCCAAAAUAAGAACUCACUCUCGCUAUCAAAACACAAAAAACAAAAAAUACUACUGCCUAGUAACAUCAAACUCUUUUCUCUUUCAAGCCCUCUAGAAAUCAAGAAGAAUGAAGCUCCCUUUUCCCUUCAAGAACACAGAAACAAUUACCUCCUCAUGGCCAUGGCCAUCCUGUGGAAGCCCCAAAACCCUCUCAUUUCGAGGGGGCAACGACGAGUUGAUGACUGUAAACGAAGUGGCAGCAGCGGAAACAGUAGUAGUAGAAGACAGCGGAGGAGGGGAGUCGAUAGAGACGGUGAUUCGCGGGUUGUGGUCAGAGAGGCUGUUCUUCGAGCCGGUGGAGACGAGUUCAAUACUAGAAGUGGUGAAGAGUACGGAUGAGUUUCCAUACAAGGAGACUACUGAGAUAAUGGCCAUGGAUUCCGAUGACCCUUAUGUGGACUUCAAGAGGUCAAUGGAGGAGAUGGUGGAGGCUCACGGGUUGAAGGAUUGGGAGUGUCUUGAAGAGCUUUUGAGCUGGUAUUUGAGGGUGAAUGGGAAGAGCAAUCAUGACUAUAUUGUGGUUGCGUUCGUUGAUUUGUUGCUCGGUCUUGCUUUUGCUGCUGCUUCUGCUUCUGAGGCUACUCUUACUUAUGAUGAUCGUUCUACUUCUACUUGUACUACUUCUCCUUUCUCUUUUUCUUCUUCUACUAGUCCUUGUUUAUCUUCAUUAGUAGAAGCAGAGGAUGAGAUUGAAAAAACAGUUGACAAUGCUUCAUCAUCAUCAUCAUCAUCAUCUUCUUCAGAUGUUUGAUUUGAUUCAUUACUAAUAGAAUUAUGUAUAUCAGUUUGUAGUUUGAAAAAAAAAAAUUAUAUAGUGAAACUUCCACAUUAAUUA